AUGAGGAGUGGUGACCAAAACUGGGUAUCUGUAAGUAGAGCCAUCAAGCCUUUUUCUGAGCCUGGUCGACCACCAGACUGGUUCUCACAGAAGCACUGUGCCUCACAAUACUCUGAGCUACUGGAAGCAACAGAAGCCCCUAAGCGUAAACGCGGUGAAAAGGGCGAAGUAGUUGAGACCAUUGAAGAUGUAAUUGUUCGUAGACUGACAACUGAGAGGAUAGAGGAACUGAAAAAACUACUACGAGACACGCAAGAGCAGUACAGGAAGUUGAAAAAGGAUGCCGAUCUGAUACAGACAGGUCACAUGGACGCCCAGCUAAAAGAAUUGUGGGCAGCGAUUACACUAAAGAAAAAGCAGGAUGAGGAAGAGGCAGAUCAGAAAAAGAAAGCAACAGAAAUGGCAUAUCAAGCUCGUCAGGCAAUUAAGAACACACCCAAGCGUUUCCCCAGCGUCACUGUUCGUUCCCCUUUGGGGGCCAGUCCCACUAGCAUGGACUCCCAAACGGACUCCUCAGCCCCCACACCACCUUUGGACCCUGCAGUCCAGGGUGUAGGUUUUUUGCUUCCAGUGGCUGAGGGGCCAGGCUCAGGCCUUAAAGAUGGAAGCCUCACUGUUCUUGGAGAGGAUUCUCCACAGAAGAGGCUCCUGCCUCAGAAAGCUACGCCUCCGCCAUCUCCACUAUUGUCGGAACUGUUGAAAAAAGGCAACCACAUCUCGGCCAGCCCACGCCUUGUCACUGAAGGAGAUUCAUCUGGCAGUCUUAGCAAUGGAAUACAGACUGCUGCUUUUGUUGCCACACCAUUACCAUCUGGUCAUGGUGUCAUGAUGGAGGAAGAAAUGGAAGCAGCAGUGAAAGAAGAUCUUGGUGAGGAAACGGGUUUAGUAGAAGACGACCUUGUCGCUGUCUCUUACAUGGGGGACGAUUUAGAUCUGGAGACUGUAGGGGACAUCAUUGCCAUCAUUGAGGAGAAGGUGGACGACUCUGUGGAGGCGUUGGAUGCAGCAGCAGUUGAAGCAGCACUGUCUAUGUGUGAAGAAGCAGUCUCGGAAGGACACACCUUACCAGGCCCCUGGGAGACUCAGGAACUAAAAGAUUCAGACCCUACAUCAUCCGUCCAAGACUCUGAGCACAUAGAGGAGCCCUGUGAUGAUGCAGCACUGUCUGUCCCAGCCCCUGUUGACCUGGCUGACCAAAAUCAACAGGAAGCUAAAAACACCGCCGAACAUGUCAAAGGAAACUGUGAGGCAGCUGUGACUGAAAGUGACAUAGCUUUGUGCGAAUCCUCGGACGAUGUGGCUGCUGAAGGUGAUGUCGCAGAAGAGAUUUCUGGGAAGACAGACACAAAUGUAGAUGUGAAGAGCGAAGUCGAGGAGUGGAAUCAGCCUGAGGCGAACCCGCCAUGCCUCGAUUCUGAGGACAGCUCUGUGUCUGGCAGAGAGUCAAAGGAGGUGAAAGAGGAGGAAGCAGGGAGUGAGUGUGACCCGGAAGAAGGGAUGGAGCUGAAAGAAGAAUGCGGUGACGGGGAGGGUCCGUAUUUGUCCGAAGUGGAGCGAGCAGCCAGCGAAAGUGAAGACGGUUAUGGGCCGCCCUCGCAACGCUACACUGCCGAUUCACUGGCCAGCAGCCCUGCUUCUUCUUCCCAGCUAUCCACAUGUGGUGAGGAUCAAGAAGCUGUACAAGCCCAGAAAAUUUGGAAGAAAGCCAUAAUGCUGGUGUGGAGGGCUGCUGCUAACCACAGGUAUGCUAGCGUCUUCUUGCAGCCAGUGUCAGAUGACAUCGCCCCUGGUUACCACAGCAUUGUACACAGACCAAUGGACCUGUCAGCAAUUAAGAAGAACAUUGAAUCUGGUGUGAUCCGUACAACAGCAGAAUUCCAGCGCGACAUCAUGCUGAUGUUUCAAAACGCUGUCAUGUACAACUCAUCCGACCACGACGUCUAUCACAUGGCCCUGGAGAUGCAGCGUGAUGUCCUCGAGCAUGUCCAGCAGUUCCUGGCCACGCAGCUCAUUAUGCAGACCUCUGAGAGCGCCAUCUCUGCCAAGAGUCUCCGUGGCAGAGAAGGAACACGCAAACCAGGAGAGCCAGCUGAGAAGGUGUGUUGA